AUGAAGAGGCAAACAAUGUUCUUCUUCAAAUACGUGCUAUUGUUUCUUCUCCAUAGCAGAUAUGUAGUAUCACGACAGAAAGAUGCUGCUUUCACUUACAAUGGCUUUCAAGGAGUUGACAUGAGCUUGGAUGGGGUAGCGCACACUACAGACAAUGGCCUCCUAAUAUUAGCAAACUCCACUUUGCAACAGAUGGGUCAUGCCUUCUACCCCCAUCCGAUUCACUUCAGGAAUUCCUCCACCGGUACUGCUCUCUCCUUCUCCACUUGUUUUGUAUUUGCCAUGUUCUCUGAGUUAGCAACCACAGGUGGCCCUGGUGUUAUGUUCGUGAUUGCACCCUCCCGAGAGUUCCCAGGAGCUUUGCCCAGCAAUUAUUUUGGCCUCUUCAACAUAACCAACCUUGGCUUAUCAUCAAACCAUUUGAUUGGAGUUGAGUUGGAUAGCAUCCAAAACCCUGAGUUCAAUGAUAUCAAUAGUAACCACGUUGGUAUUGAUAUCAAUGGCUUGAAAUCUGUUCAAGCUGCUCCGGCAUCUUAUAUUAGAGAUCAAGAGAAUCAGCAUGUGAACCUGAGCCUCAUCAGUGGACAGCCCAUGCAACUCUGGGUGGAAUAUGAUUCUACAAGGAAUCAACUUAAUGUGACUUUAUCUCCAAUUACCAUCCCUAAACCAAAAAUUCCACUCUUGUCCAUGAACAUUGAUAUUUCAGACACCAUAGUAGAUCCCAUGUUCGUGGGUUUCUCAUCAUCUACUGUUUCCAUUACUGUAUCUCAUUAUUUGUUGGGGUGGAGCUUUAAGAUCAACGGACAAGCAAAAGAACUCUCUCUCUCCCAACUUCCUAAUCUUCCUCCUAUAGGUCCUAAAACAGAACCUAAAGUUUUUAAAAUCGGAUGUCCGGUGAUCGCUGCUAGUUUGGUGUUAAUGUCCAUCUUCAUCAUUCAUUAUAUUGUAAAAAGGAAGAGAAUGUUUGCAGAAGUUCUUGAAGAUUGGGAGCUUGAAUAUGGACCUUACAGGUUCAAAUAUAAAGAUCUCUACAUUGCAACCCAAGGAUUUAAUCAUAAGGAGCUUCUUGGUAGCGGUGGCUUUGGUAAGGUCUACAAAGGUAUAUUACCCAUCUCGAAACAAGAAGUUGCAGUGAAGAAAGUAUCCAAUGAUUCAAGGCAAGGGAUGAAAGAAUUCAUUGCUGAGAUCAUCAGCAUCGGAAAACUGCAGCAUCGAAACAUAGUGACACUCUUGGGUUACUGCCGACGAAAGGGAGAGCUCCUUCUAGUGUAUGAAUUCAUGCCCAACGGGAGUCUUGACAAGUUCCUCUUUCAUCAAUCCACAAUGGAGAAAACAUUGAGCUGGAAUCAAAGGUUUCAAAUAAUCAAAGGCCUGGCAUCUGCGUUACUGUAUCUUCAUGAAAAAUUUGAACAAGUUGUUGUUCACAGAGACAUCAAGUCCAGUAAUGUCAUGUUAGACAAGGAACUAAAUGGAAGAUUAGGAGAUUUUGGGCUUGCAAGAUUGUACGGUCAUGGAGACAAUCCUAAAGCUACCAAUGUAGUGGGGACGUUUGGUUAUCUUGCACCAGAAAUUUUUAAGACAGGCAAAGCAGAUCCUAGUGUGGAUGUGUUUGCAUUUGGGGUUUUUUUGCUUGAAGUCGCUUGCGGUAGGAGGCCUAUAGAGCCACAAGCAUCAGACGAGUGUAUUGUAUUGGUGGAAUGUGUGUUCUCAAGUUGGAAUAGAGGAGAGAUUCUUGAAAUUGUGGAUCCCAAAUUGGGAAUGAAUUAUGAAGUGGAGGAGAUGGAAUUGGUGUUAAAACUUGGAUUGCUUUGCUCUCACUCCACUCCAUCUGCAAGGCCAUCCAUGCGACAAGUUGUGCGAUAUUUGGAGCGGGAGGUUCCACUGCCAGAGAUGCCGGCAUCUUGUAGUCGGAGAUUUUCUCUGUCUUCAGAAUUUUUUGGGAAUACAAUGAAUCUGUCAUCUUCAAUUGCAGAUUCUCAACUCUCUGGAGGACGUUGA